GCAUUAUCAUGGACUGCGACCAGGGAGAAGCUACUACUAGAGAGACCGCAGCUGCCAGUCAAGGAAAAGAUAUUCCGCUUGGUCGCUUAUAUGAAGCUUCACGGCUAUCGAAGGGCGAGCUUAUUGCGGGGGGGGCAUCGGGAAUUGUGGAACGAUUAUCUACGGGUGAGAUAGUCAAGUCACCAUGGCCUGGACCUAGAGCCGAAGCCUGCCGCAGAGACAUCACGACCGAGUUCCAAAUAUAUACAACACUAGGCGCUCAUCCCCGCUUAGUUGAGAUCAUCGAUUGGGAUCCAAAAGAGUGCGUCCUUACUAUGGAGUAUAUGAGCAAUGGCAGUCUGAAGGAUUUUAUUCUUGCCAAAAACGAUUCGAUUUCUCUGCCGCAACGACUCCAGUGGGCACGAGAGGCAGCCGAGGGACUCCAGCUUCUCCAUGCCGCAGAUGUGGUUCACUGCGACAUAGAACCUAAGAACUUCUUCCUCGACACCUAUCUCAAUUUGAAGAUUGCGGAUUUUAGUGGCUCCUCCCUUAACGGCUGUCAACCAUCAGCCUGCGCCAAUGGUCGUUUCUUACACCCAGACUUCGAUUGGCGGCGCCAACCCGUUGCACAAGACGACCUAUUCAGUCUCGGCUCCCUCAUCUACUUCAUUAUGGCUGGCCAAUACCCGUUUCAUGAGCUGGAGAGUGACGAAGUUGAAGCCAAUUACAAGGCCCAUGAGUUUCCAGACGUUGGAAGCAUUGAGUGUGGGGACAUAAUCAAGCGGUGCUGGAACCUUGAAGCAGGCUCCGCCAAAGAAGUACUUCAAUCUCUGCAAGAGGCAGCAAGACAAAGUGUAGAGCAAUUCUACUAGAUUUCUACUCUCCAGUAUUCUUACUACACUGUUUUCGUUUUGCAUGAAGUGCGGUGUUAUGAUUGCAAAGUCAUAAUUCUC